ACUUUCAUCACUCGCAUCCUCUCGUCCUCCGCCAUUAGGAAUAUCACCUCUAACCCAAGAAGUCUGCACAAGGUGGUGUAUUUGGAUUCUAUUUUGCCCAAAAUUAAAAGGUGGCUGUGCGGUCAGCAAUGAUGGACAGCAUUGGAUGUUUUCCAAGUAUUUUGAAGGGAUGAGAGCCAAAUUCUGAAGUUUAUUUUUUGAAGUUCCCACAAUAAGAGCUUUUGUUAAUUCUUCAACGGGUGCUCAGCUGAAAGCUUGAAACAACAUGGCCAUCAUGAAAGUAAAGUUUGAUGCCAAGAAACGGGUAAAGUUGGCACAAGGCCUUUGGCUCAUGAGCUGGUUUGCUGUAAUGACUGGAGUUUUAGUUUUCGGCUUGGGCCUCUUCUUCAAAAUUGAGCUGCGCAAGAGGAGUGAGAUGAUGGACAAUAAAGAGAGCCACUUUGUCCCCAACUCUCUCAUCCUCAUGGGGAUCCUUGCCUGCUUGCUCAAUGCUUUUGGGGGCAAGAUAUGUUACGACUCAUUGGACCCAACCAAGUUUGUUCGCUGGAAGUCAAUCUUGAAACCGUACCUGGUUGUCUGCUUCUUGUUCAACGUACUGCUCUUUCUGACGGCCAUCAUGUGCUUCACCAUGCGCUUGGCUUUGGAGAGUACAUUAGCCAAUGGGCUCAAGAGCGGCAUGCGCUAUUACAAAGACACGGAUACUCCCGGCCGCUGCUACAUGAAGAAGACAUUGGAUCUGAUGCAGAUUGAAUUCCGCUGUUGUGGAAACAACAACUUCAGAGACUGGUUUGAGAUCCAGUGGAUAAGCAACCGCUACCUCGACUUCGGCUCCAAGGAUGUCAAGGACCGCAUUAAGAGCAAUAUCGAUGGGAAAUACCUGCUAGACGGAGUGCCCUUCAGCUGCUGCAAUCCAAAUUCUCCGAGGCCCUGCAUCCAGUAUCAGAUCACCAACAAUUCAGCACACUACAGCUACGACUAUCACACAGAGGAGCUGAACAUUUGGACACGAGGAUGCCGAGAGUCCCUGCUCAGCUAUUACGGUGGGAUGAUGAACUCCAUCGGAGCCCUGGUUCUUCUGGUUUGGCUUUUCGAGAUGGCAGUCAUGGUUGGCUUACGCUACUUGCACACAUCUCUAGGAAGUCUGUCAAAUCCUGACGAUCCAGAGAGUGAAAGUGAAGGCUGGCUACUGGAAAAAAGCAUCAAAGAAACUUUCAGCUCAUUUGCAGAGGACCUCAAGUCCAUGGGUAAGCUCAACAAGGUUGAGGCUGGAGCUGAAGGUGGUGGAGGAGAGGCUCAGACUGUGGCGACUGUCAGCUGAACAGGACAUCACUGUGGAAGCAAAUGAAGGAGCAGUAAUCCUCUCCAGGAGACAAAACAAAAAUCCAACAAAAAGUGAACAACAUUUUUGAAUGAAUUGCAAAUAUAACCAUUGUAUACUGGUAUUUUCAGGAAAAUGCAACAUGCAAUAAAUGCCAUCGAUUUACAGAUGCUGGACACCUGGGCUUUCUAAACACCAACAUGACUGUGAGCAAAACUCAAAUCAGAGUGGAAUACAACCCGCAUCAGCCUUCAGGACCUAACAGCAUGAUUUAAAAUUC